UCAUUGAGGGUACAAUAAGCCAGGUUACACUGAUUUAUGCAACACAAUCUUCAAAACAUCAGGACAAAAUCCACAAUACAAAAGAAGUGGAAAAAUGUGACCAAAUUUCAAAGGAAAAAAAUUUUUUAAUCAACAGCUGUCAACUUCAUCUUAGAAGUCUAAGAUGUUGUUAAACAAUUAUCAAAGAUCUUAAAGCAAUUAUCAUAACUAGGCAGUACUGAACAAUUCUGUCUUAAAUACCGUUAUGGGGGGCAUAUAUAAUGGUGGUUCCAUAAAAUCAUAAUGCUGUUUUACUAUACCUAUUCUGUGUCUAAAUACAUAGACUUGCCUUAAAUAUUCAGAAACAUACUUUACAGAUUUAUAAUGUAGGAGCAAUAGGCUAUACUGUAUAGCAUGGGUGUGUAGGCCUUACCAGCUAACUAUGUUUGAGUACACUAUGUUUGCACAAUGACAAAAUCACCUAUCACUGCAUUACUAAGAGCAUUUCCUCGUGGUUAAGUGCUGCACAACUGUAUGUUAUCUUGUAAAAAAGCUUCUUGUAUUUAUUUAGCAGAAUGCACACAUAAAAAAUGCCCAUACUAGAGUGGUUUGUAAUGGGAAAAGCUGCAAAACAGAGGGAAUAAAUUGUCACGUGCACACAAAAAUACUACCAGUAUAGAGCAGUGAAAAUAAAGGCACUACAGCUACAUGCUUCUACUUGUAACUACCUAUGAUGAGUUUAGCGCCAUAGUGUUGAGUGAACCAUAAAUAUAACAAUGAACUACCCACGCCAACGGUUUAUCAACUUCAACAUGUACAUAAACUAACAUUUCAAAAAGCGAAUACAGCCCCCAAAGAGAAGAGUGUUAUCGCUGGGAGAAGGCAAUGGGACAGGCUCAGGAAAGACACUGUCAUCUUAGUUCUAAAAUUCCCAGUUAGUUCCCAUGUGAGUGUUCCUUACUCAUGCGUUAGACCUACUUAAGCAUCAAAAACAAUAGUCUCCUACACAACAUCCCAUGUAUGUGAAGUAAGAGUUCUCUAUCUUUAGCAAAAAAACGUCUCCAAACACUGGCCCAGCUCGGCCCACCCCCUUCCCUAACCUACACCGCGCCACCGGCCUCUCACGUCCCAGAACUGACGCAGCCACUUCCGCCGCCGCCUCUCCGGCCCCGCCAACUGCGGCGGACGUGCUUUCCUCCUGGGUCCUCCCGCCGGCAGGGGGCUCUCCGCGGCGUCCAGUGCCACGAAGACCUCCCGCCUGGGCUGUCCCGACGGCGCCUGUUAGUUUGGCCCUAGGGAAAAAAAUGCUUAUGAUCCCUUUCAGCUAGGAAACAGAACCACAGGCAUCUGGGUCGGGACGAAGGUGUCCAGACGCAGCCGCGGCCCAGCGCCCGCAUGAUCGCGCCCGGACGCGGCGGCGGGCGGCAGUCAGGCGCGGUGCGGGCAGCCCCGCGGCGCCCGAAGUCCCCAGCCCGCUUCCUCCUGCGAAGACGUAGCUGCGGGUGGCUGUGGUGCUGGCGUCCAAGAUGUCGACCAAGAAUUUCCGAGUCAGUGACGGAGACUGGAUUUGCCCUGACAAGAAAUGUGGAAAUGUAAACUUUGCUAGAAGAACUAGCUGUAAUCGAUGUGGUCGGGAGAAAACAACGGAGGCCAAGAUGAUGAAAGCUGGGGGCACUGAAAUAGGAAAGACACUUGCAGAAAAGAGCCGAGGCCUUUUUAGUGCUAAUGACUGGCAGUGUAAGACUUGCAGUAAUGUGAAUUGGGCCAGAAGAUCAGAGUGUAACAUGUGUAAUACUCCAAAGUAUGCUAAAUUAGAAGAAAGAACCGGAUAUGGUGGUGGUUUUAAUGAAAGAGAAAAUGUUGAAUAUAUAGAAAGAGAAGAAUCUGAUGGUGAAUAUGAUGAGUUUGGACGUAAAAAGAAAAAGUACAGAGGGAAGGCAGUUGGUCCUGCAUCUAUAUUGAAAGAAGUUGAAGAUAAAGAAUCAGAGGGAGAAGACGAGGAUGAGGAUGAAGAUCUUUCUAAAUAUAAAUUAGAUGAGGAUGAGGAUGAAGAUGAUGCUGAUCUCUCAAAAUAUAAUCUUGAUGCCAGUGAAGAAGAAGAUAGUCAUAAAAAGAAAUCUAAUAGGCGAAGUCGUUCAAAGUCUCGAUCUUCACAUUCACAAUCUUCAUCACGCUCAUCCUCCCCCUCAAGUUCAAGGUCUAGGUCCAGGUCCCGUACAAGAAGUUCUUCCAGUUCGCAGUCAAGAUCUCGUUCCAGUUCCAGAGAACGUUCGAGAUCUCGUGGGUCGAAAUCAAGAUCCAGCUCCAGGUCCCACAGGGGCUCCUCUUCCCCACGAAAAAGAUCUUACUCAAGUUCAUCUUCUUCUCCUGAGAGGAACAGAAAGAGAAGUCGUUCUAGAUCUUCUUCAUCUGGUGAUCGCAAAAAAAGACGAACAAGAUCACGGUCACCCGAAAGGCGCCACAGGUCAUCUUCUGGAUCAUCCCAUUCUGGUUCCCGUUCAAGUUCAAAAAAGAAAUAAUGUAUUAAAAUUUACAUCAAAAAAAAAUCCAGUACAGUGCAUGAAGCAUAUUUUUAAAAAAGUUGGUGUCUUACUUGGUCAGAAGUGCUGAAUCUGCCAGUAGAGGUGCAUGCCUUCAUUGCUUUUCAGAACAAUACACCUGUGUUUAUUUGUGAAGUUAAAAGUAAAUAGCAUUUUAAGCCAUAAUGUCUCAAAAUAAAUGCUCUAUUUAUCAUUUAUUAUUUACAACCAUUUGCUUCAUCCAUCAGCCAUCUCAGCUAUGACAGAGUACUUUGUUUCCUAAUUUAAACUCUUUGUUUUUCUCAUUUCCAAAUAUGUCCUGUCUAUUGGCUAAGACAGGAUAAACUUGUUGGAAACUGCCUGUUUUAUGUUUUUAUGUGAUAAAAAAGAAGUCAACCUGUUUAUGUCGUUAACAUAUGUCAAUGUUACACUUAACAUAAAAAACAGUGAACUGGAAACUUGUUUAUUUUUAAAUUCCCUGUGCUAAGGGUGCCUUAGAAUCAUUGUCUCCCUUUUAUCUAGCUUUAUUUUUUUGCACCGCCACAUUUAUUGCAAAAGAAUCUUUUUAUUUUCCUUUUUGACACAUAAUUUGGGGCAAGAAAGAAAGUCUAACAUUUCAUCUGUAUUGAUGGGGUUUCCUGUUAAGAGAAACAUCUUAUUUUAAAAUGUAUAUCAGUAUUUUAAGAAGCUUUAAAAUCCAGUUGUGAAAUGUGAUAGGGUAGAAAAGGCUAAAUCAUAGUUAAUGAGAAAAUUUAAGAAAGCUUUUCAAGUAUCUUUCUUUUCAGAUGAAAGGACACCACAGACAUUGUGAAUUUAAGUGAACAUUUGUCUCUACAUGACUUAAUACAUAUAUAAACACUGCAUAAAGUUUUCUUCCAAAUAACAAAUGAAUGCUUAUUUCUACAUAAUGUAAGGCAAAAUCAUUAUUUUUUUCCUUUUCACUUGAAAUAACUUAUGGCUUAAAAUGCUUUCAGAGUUUGUUUUAUUUUUCAAAAUUAAAUUUUGGUCACUGAACUCCCAUUUUGUUUUCUGGUUUAAAAAUGAAAAAGGUUUCUUUUAACAGUAUCUUCAGUGACAAUACAAGGUAAGUAUAUUAAGGGAAAUUGACAAUUGUGCUUGUGGGCUUUUGUUAUGGGGUAUUGACCUUUGUUUUUUUUUUCCCCCUGAACAUUGUCUUCUGCAGUUUAAAUAAAAAUUUAAACUUGUUUAAGGUAUUUAGUAGACAGAUCACACAAUUAUAUUUGUUUUUUAUUCUAAAGUGUUUUUCUCUUCAACUGAUCUGAAAAUGAAAGCAAGAUAUCUUAUGUAGAAAUAUUUUGAUAAUAUCCCCUGUUUUUUAUGUCUUAAUUUUCUUUGCUACGUUUACUGUAGGUUGCACAAGAACUUUUCCUCUCUUGUAAUUGUGCCUCAGACUUUUUGAAAGUCCACCUUCUAAGUUGCUCAGAUGGUCUUCUAGAUUCUACAUGUUACCAUUGGUUUAUUUUUGUGCUUUCUGUAUUUAAAACUUUGGCUGUACUAAGCAAAUGCAAGGUUAUAAAUUUAGCUAAUAGUAGUUUACAGACAAUUGAGAUGAUUAUGAUUUCAUUUGGUUAAACUAAGCUGUACUAGUUCAUUUCAUAAGGAAAUGAUACUGUAGACAAAUGUAAAUAAAGCCUGUGAGUCAAGCAUCAAGUGGUGUUUGUUAGAAAUAAACUAGAGAUUUUUAAGCUCUGA